CUUCCUUUCUCGGCGUGGGUUUGUUUGUCCACAAUACCACUUGCAAGUUCUUCAUUUACUUUGUGUUUGUUUGCAUUCUGGUUUACGACAAUCUACCAUGCCUCGUAAUCAAGGGACAUCGAGAAAAGGCAAGCCGAAGAAGGCCGAACGGGCCGCGGGAAUGGGCCGGGCACUUCAGAGAUCCCAACGAGGCCAUGGACACGUCAAGGCCAAGAACAAGUUGGGAGGGAUGAGUGUGAGUGGAAACAUGGCAGCUCCGUCGACCACCUCCUUGGACAAUGUUGCAGAAACGAAGAACAUGAGUCUUUUGGAGUUGGAUCAUUUGGACGAUUUUCUUGGCCAAGCCGAAAUGGCCGGCCGUGAGUUUGAAAGCGAAAAGGCCCGCUAUGUGGUGCUGGAUUCUCAUGGAUCGGCAUACCAACCAGGAAAACGAAAUGUCAAAUUUCUAGACCAACAACGAGUGCUUGGGGAACAUGAAAAGGUUGAGUUUUCCUUUGAAGACCUCUCUCUUCCUAGACGUCCUAAAUGGGACGAAACAACCACCCCGCAAGAAUUGGAGAAAAUGGAAAAUGAAGCAUUCUUGGCGUGGAGACGAGCCAUUGCAGCCAAAGAAGAAGAACUUUUUGCAGCAGAUGCCGCCGAUAAACAUGCCUACUAUUCUCGCACUGUCACGCCGUAUGAGAAAAAUCUGCAUGUCUGGAGACAGCUCUGGCGAGUAUUGGAACGAUCCAACUGCAUUUGUCAAGUUGUGGAUGCAAGGAAUGUUAACUUUUAUUUGAGUGAAGACUUGAAACGAUAUGCCAAGUCUCUGGGAAAACCCAUGCUUCUCAUCGUCAACAAGAGCGACUACUUGAGUGCGGAGCAGAGGAGACUCUGGAGUGAAUACUUGAACGAAAAGGGCUGGGAACACGUCUUCUUCUCGGCACAUGCCGAGCAGGCAAAACUCGACAAGGCUGCCCAUGACAGUGAUGAUGACGACGAUGAAAACGACAAAGAACCUACAGAGGAUGAUAACGAAGAGACACCCGAAGAAGAGACACCGGAGGAAGACACAUCAGAUGAGGAGGAGAGAGCUGAAGAAGAAGCGGCAGAAGAAGAGACACCAGAGGUGGAUGAAGAGGCCCCAGAGAAAGACGCGGGCAACAGUGAAUUUACAAAGGAGAUACACGAUGAGCCUGGCUACCAAUUGUUGGAUCGACAAGGGCUAACCGACUAUAUGCUAGAAUUUGCAAAGAGCCAUGGCUGCGAGCCGAAUCCGCGUUAUGACAAUCGAUACCAGUUUGGUACCGUUGGAUUUCCAAAUGUUGGAAAAUCUUCCGUCAUCAAUGUACUGAUGGGAAGUAGCAAAAAUGCGCAUGGUGUGACCCGUGUUGGAGUAGCGGCACAACCAGGAAAGACCAAGCACUUUCAAACACUCUUGCUGCCUGAACGCGACAAUAUGAUGCUAUGCGAUUGUCCCGGGCUCGUGUUUCCCUCUUUUGUCAGCAACACGGCUGAUCUGAUCGCCGCUGGAGUCUACCCAAUUGCUCAAAUGCGAGAUCAUUGGCCGGUUAUGGAGUUGAUUUGCCAGAGAAUACCUCGAGAAAUCAUCAAUGCGAGCUAUGGGAUAAAGAUUCCGGAACCGUCGUCGCAAGAGCUCAACGAAAGAGGACUGGGCAAGAGUCCGCCGCCAACUGCAGAGGAAUUCUUGACAACAUAUUGUGUCGCCAGAAGCAUGCUGGCAGCGUCCAGUGGAGUACCGGAUCACACGCGAGCUUCCAGGAUUGUUGUCAAGGAUUAUGUGUCUGGAAAACUCCUGUUUUGUCACCCUCCUCCCAAUGUGGAAGACAUAGUAGCCUUUCAUUUGGAGACUGUCAACACUGCCAUCUACAAAACGGAAAAAUUGAGAAAGAAACUGUUGGCGAGUAUCACGAACCAACAACUCACUGCAACUAACGAGACGUCUGAGGAACAUCAAGCCAUGGACAAGGAGGCUGAAUUUGAUGACAAUCUGUUAGACAUUCUCGGAGGCGGUGACUCUACAACAGGCAAGAACAGUGAAGGUGGUGGCAAGCGAGGAAAGGCUCACAAAUCCAAGAAGAAGUGGGGCAAAAAGGGACGAAAACUACGUGAUGAUGACCCUUAUGGGUGCCACAAGGAUCCGGAUGAAAUGCUAGGCAAGACUGGUGGCGGUGGUGGUCUUGUAGUCAAGGCUGGAAAGUACGGGAGAAGUGGAUACGUUAGACCGACAUCCUAUGGAGGCGCAAGAAGCGCAGGUAGUUAACUAACCCUCUGAUAUUUAUAAAAAAGGACAACCCUCUGCUCCUAUUUCGUUGCCAGUACAGGUAAACCUAUUUCGUUCUGGUUUCUUUUUCUUUUAGAUACGUUCACUCCAUGACAAAUCGCCCUUUAUCAUUUGGUACCACAUUCUGAAGUCACAUAACAAUGAAUAGGUGGGAUAUAUGAAUGUUGCUGGCCGAUUGUCUUCAAAAAAGAAAUGCCCAAUCCAGGCUGGUAGAUAUCCCAUGACUAGCAGUUGCCAUGGGAACUUUUCCUGUGGUUGCAGCAGGGAUCCUGAAAGUGCCGCAAUGAUAAAAACAGCUGCAAAUUCAAUCAGUCCGUUGGGCAAGGGCGACAGGUACUCACAGAGAAAUAGACCACCAGCAACGCCAAUGGAAAGAUGUGCUACAACUUGAGUGUGGCGGAGAAGGGCCGUCAAGAUUACCAGGGAUGUUCCAAUGACAUGCAGGACACGGCAGGUAGGAUCACGAUGUUCCUUGAGGUAAUGGUCGUAGAACGAGCUCAAAUCUGUAUAGGGCUUUGACUCCACGUCUCUGGGUCGAUCCAGAAUUGUGACACCUAGUUUUCCAUGGACCGAUACAGCCACGCCAAGCGCCACAGCGGCGACCGCCCAAGGCACGAAAAAAAUUGAUUGAUUGUUUUGCUUCUUCAUAGUGAUGCAGGUUGUUGCGGCAGAUGAUCGUGAGAAAACAACUACAUGUAACAACAGACUUUGAAUCUUCGCUUCUAGCUAGCUAGUAGAUACCGUAGAAGGGGGAUGAAGAAGAACCGUCUUUGCAUGGGAGCAUCACCAAAGGCAAUCUUCCUCAACCGUUGCAUUACAGCUAUGAUGGCUUGUUUAUGUGUUUUAAAAGAUUUUGCAAGUCACGGAUGUCAAUUGGCUGAGUCACGUUGAAUCUUUGACUCAUUCGACUACAUUUUUGGUUCCACCUGUCAAGCUUCCAG